GACGACAGAGGCUGUUGGCGGAGGACGAAGUCCUUGGAAGCGAAGCCAGAGAAAGGAACGAAGCAAAGAGAGGAGCGAGAGGGAAGCGAGAACGACGGUCUAGGUUUCGAUUUGGAUCGAGGGGAGCUGAGCUUGAUUCGCGAGUGCUUGGUCUUCCCUCUGCGAAAUCGAUCCGCACUGGUAGAAUACACUCGGUCCGGGCUUUCGAUUGAGCCGUCGAUUUGGGCACAAGAAGGGAGGCAGAAUGUUGCGCCAGGUUGCAAACAGGGGACUGGCAGUGCUACGGGGAGCCGCUGCGUCUCAGCGAGCAUGUGCAACUCGGGUGGUAUCUGAUAGGCCCCAGCAGAUCCAGCAAUUCGGAGUAUUUUCACGCGAAUAUUCAACGGCAUUGAAUCUGCACCGUAAUACAUCUGACAACAAUCCAGAUGUGCCAUUCGAGUUCACGUCCGCCAACAUGGAAAAGGUCAAAGAAAUUCUUUCUCAUUAUCCAAAAAAUUACAAGCAGUCAGGCAUUAUUCCACUCUUGGACCUUGCUCAACAGCAGAACGGCGGAUGGUUGUCAAUCAACUCAAUGAAUAAGAUCGCAGAAAUAGUUGGCGUAGCUCCUAUCAGGGUUUACGAGGUGGCGACCUUCUACAGCAUGUUUAAUCGUCAAAAGGUGGGAACAUAUCAUGUGAUGGUUUGUGGUACAACUCCAUGCAUGCUGAGAGGUUCUCGCACCAUCGAAGCUACGCUCUUGAAGCAUCUCGGUGUCGAGCGUAACGAGGUUACCAAGGAUGGAAAGUUUUCUGUUGGUGAGAUGGAAUGCAUGGGAUGCUGCGUGAAUGCCCCUAUGAUAGUUGUUGCCGAUUAUUCCAACGGAGUUGAAGGAUACUCAUACAAUUACUUCGAGGAUCUUACCCCGGAGCGCGUUGUGGAAGUAAUAGAAGCCUACAGAAAGGGAGAGAAACCACCUCAUGGCACUCAACAUCCUGAGCGCCUGAAUUGCGGUCCUGCGGGAGGUCUGACUACCUUGCUUGGAGAGCCGAAACCACCACCUUGCCGGGACUUGGCAGCUUGCUGAUUUUGUUAUUUUCUUGUGGUGGACCUAACAUCUUCUACCUGAGGACGAUAAGUUGAAACAUGUUCUCGUAGGCCUCGUUUUACUUAUCAUCAGUAUGAAGAUCGGACGAACUGGUAAACAAAGUUUGAUCUCAGUUCAAUUUCUCUCUUUUCAAGUCCAACAUGGACUGCGGAAAUUCGAAGUAGGUAUCUUAAAUUUGUUAGAAGGAAGAAAAAAUAAAGUGUUCUAACUUGCACACAAUAUGCAGACGAAGUACAAACGAAAUCAAUAUAGUGCCUUCCAGGUUGAAAUAGUUUUUGUGCAUUUUGGGAUAUAGGUUGUCUAAUCAUCGCACAUCUUAUCAAGGAGUUACAUAAGCAUUACUGGUGUGAGGUGAGAUUUCCCAAUUUUGUCGAGGGAUAGGAAGGUACUGAGAAAUAAGUUAAGUGAGGUUUUCUUUACCUUUGACCUCACACUUAAGUCUGGUGCUCGGUACCGUGAUAUUCGUGGAAUUUUUUUGGUGCAUUUAUCUGGAUACUUUUCUCGCGCAGUGAUUUGUUUUUGUAGAAACUCUGGGUUGUGCUGUA